AUGGCAAAUAUUGUAGAAGGAAAUCAUGGAGGAAAUGUAGAAAAGAAAAGCUCUCCUAAUAUUAUAUAUGAAGAGUUUAAACCCCUCUCUGGUUGGUCAGAAGACUCAGAUUGCCACUUUUUGCUCAUUGAUCUUCCAGGGUUCAACAAGGAACAGGUGAGGCUCCAAGCCGAUCAUAGAUCCAGACAUGUAACCAUAAGUGGAGAAAGGAAGGAGAGAGAAAAUAAAUACAUUCGUUUCGAGCAAUCUUAUAAGGUGCCAGAGAAUUCAAGUAUUGAAGAAACCAGUGCAAAGUUCGAAGAUGAAAUCCUAUACGUAAUCAUUCCACUGAAAACAAGAGCAUCAAAGGAAGGCCACGGUAUCACGAGUUCAUCCAUCGACGACGAAGAUGAUAGUCAGAUCUUCGAGUCAAGUUGGGAUGAAGAUUUACAAGAAGAAAACGAUCAUUUUAAAGACAAUGAUGAGGGCAAUAGCUACAACUCUGAGAAUAAAGGAGUGCUCGAAGAAGAGGAAUUUCAUGGCACGAAAAUGGAAAAACAGACAAACGAAAGCAAACUAUUGGAAGAAGUAAAAAAGAAGCUAAAGAAGAACAAAAAGACUAUUAUAACAGCUGUUUUAGCAUUUAGUCUGGGUGUUUUAUUCUCUCAGAAAUUGCUGUACCAAGAAUGA